AUGCGAGGAGUACGAAUAAAAGCUCACAUCCGCGGCUGUCUUGACGAGCUUCUAUAUAACGGCUUCAAUCAAACCAUCGUCACCUGGUAUAGGUGGAUGCAUCGCGAUUCCUGCCGACAAUAUAGGUGCAUUUCUCGCUCCUUUUUGAUUUCAUUCAAUGAUCAAAAAAGCGAGAAUUGUUCAAAUUGCCGCCUGAGGUCAGUGAUGAUAGCUACAUCACGGUAUGCACGUGUUACGCUGACUACUGCAAUGGGAAAUCGUCAGGAUCAAGCACCAAAACUGCCUCGAACUGCAUAUCUUUCUUUAGGCUUAUACGUUUCCUUAUCAUUCUUCUCUCUGUUCAAAGGAUAUUUACGUCUCCUGUGGUAUAUUUUUCGAUGUGGUCGUGACGCAUGCUGA